AAUGGUUGCGUGAAAAAGAAGAGUAGAAUCUUUGUUGUGUUUUCUUUUCUUGAGAGAUUCAAAAUCUUCCUCUCUCUCUCUCUCUCUCUCUCUCUCUCUCUCUCUCUCUCUCUCUCUCUCUCUCUCUCUCUCUCUUGUUCUUUCUGGAAAAUGGGGAAGGCAGAUCAGAGUCCGGGCAUGAAAGCCGACGAGAGGGUUGAAGCUGUCCUUCAACUUCUCAAGAAACAUGCCCCUCUUACUCUUAAGCAGGAAAAAUUCUGCAACAGAAGGUGCGUAGAGAGGUUCUUGAAAGCGAAAGGGGACAGUGUGAAGAAAGCUGCUAAGCACCUAAGAAGUUGUCUUUCUUGGAGAGACUCUAUGGGAAUUGAUCAGUUGAUGGCUGAUGAAUUCUCUGCUGAGCUUGCUGAAGGUGUAGCAUAUGUUGCUGGCCAUGAUGAUGAAUCAAGACCAGUCUUGAUUUUCCGGAUCAAACAAGAUUACCACAAAUUCCAUUCACAGAAACAGUUUACUCGAUUGCUAGUGUUUACAGUAGAAGUGGCUAUUCAAACCAUGGCUAAAAAUGUUGAACAGCUUGUCAUUCUCUUGGAUGCCAGCUUUUUCAGAUCAGCCUCAGCUUUUAUGAACAUAUUGUUGGGAGCACUGAAAGUCCUUGCAGAAUACUAUCCUGGCCAACUUCACAAGGCUUUUGUUAUUGACCCUCCCUCUCUUUUCUCCUAUCUUUGGAAGGGUGCUAGGGCAUUUGUGGAGCUAGCAUCAUUGACCAUGGUGGUAUCAUCACUUGAUUAUGAAGACUCUUGGGAAUAUAAUGACUUUGCAUCCUAUCCAAGGGCAGCAUCAUUUAGAUUGAACCCUUCAUCGGUGACAUCAUCAACGACUAAGAUUGGUGGUCCAUGCUCGUCUUCAAGAUUUGCUUUCAGCGUAUCACAUCACAACGACUCUCUCAAGCCUUGGUAUCUGUCAUUCACCGACACACCGACAUCAAAAGUAGGUCCAACUGUCCACUCAUCAGCCCUAUUGGGCCCGUCCAUCUCUCCACUCAGUGGUCGAUCCAUGUCGUUCGCGUCACCCAUUGGGAGGACUCCACGUGGCAAUAUUAGUAACAACAUGAGAAAGAGCUUCUUUCCAUCCACACCAAUGCCACAGAAGACUCAAGAGCUAGACUCAAGUGUUAACCAUCCAAGAGUUACAAAGGCAUCAUUCUUUCAAUCCCCAGCAGUUUUCUUUAAGAAAGUUGAUAGCCACAUCAACCGAGUUGACAUGAGUCGAAAGUCAUUUUUACCCUUCUUGAAGUUCUAUCGUAGGCCAUAUGAUGAAAUGACUUAUAGGUCAAAGAUGAGACCUCCGUUGGGUGGACUAAUCGCCAUCGUCCCUCAUCAUCUUAAGCGCCGCCACAUGUCUCUCUCUCAACGGUUUUGAUGAGGCUAAUGCACAUAAUAUAUUGCCAUUAAUUAUUUAUUGAAAAUGACUAUUUUGAUGGGAAAUAAUUGAUUAACUAUUUGUUUAAAUUAUGUCAAUGGA